AAAAACUUCGUAGUUGGGCCAAGUUCUACGGGUUGUUUUCAUCAUUUUACUACUAUUAACACAUUUUCUUGCUUUUCAUUAAAUUUAAUCUUAAAUACUGCUAAAUUAAAUUAAAAAUUAAUAAGUACCCAAAGAGGGUUAUAUAGUGUUUAUAAGUUAACAGCCGGAAAACUAAAGUAAUGCGGAAAAGAGCACCACCGCUGUUGGGUGCUCCACACGUUGCUCCUCCAUCAAUCCCUCAAAUUGAUUGCACAUUUCUGAGUUCACAUAACCAUUUCCAUAGUGGUUCGUAGUUGGUUUGGAAUAUAUUGUCGCGGGUGUGAGUUCUGCUAUAGUUUUACAAUACACAGACGGCGUUGUUAACACAGCAGACGCCUCUUUAGUUCGUUGAUGGCCGUUGUGGCGUUACAUUUUCGAUAUAAUAUGGGCAUACAAAACGAUUUGAAUGUGAUUAGGAAGUGUCGUAAAUCAUUACUUCAUCUGACUAUGAUCACCUCAUUAGUUGCUGCUGCCGCUAUGUCUAAUAUUGUUGGAAGUGUUGGAGCCGAUAAUCCAACUGCAAGCGAUGAACCCAGUUUGCAAUUGAAUCACCAACCAGCUGCAAUUCCCUACUGCGACGAUGACAACGCAGAUCACACAAUAGGACGCAGACUUUUAUAUAUAACAACACUAGAUGGACGUUUGUCGGCGCUUGACGCUAGUCAGGGUGGUAAAUUACGUUGGAGCGUGUCAACCGGUCCGGGCCCACUCAUAUCGUCUAGUAUUCAUCGCCUUGAAUUAACAAAUAAUGGUCAAUUUGUGCGCAUGAUACCAUCUUUAAAUGGUGGCAUUUAUAAAUUCGAUGGAGAAUCUAUUGAUCCGAUACCAAUUACCACCGAAAAUUUGCUCAGUUCGUCGGCGAAAUUCUCCGAUGAUUUGGUCAUUUCGGGUGGCAAGGAAACUCGUACCUAUGGUGUAUCCGUACGUAGUGGUCAACUCUUGUACGAAUGUUCCAUGAAUGGUUGUAUUAAUGCUACUGACGCCAGAGAUUCCCUAGAAGGUGUUGAAACAAAUGGUAAUACUGUUGGUGGUGAGGAGAAAUUAGAACAUGAUCCUCUUAUAGACGAUGUGAUUGUGGUGCGUCGCCAAACACAAACUGUACGCGCUGUAGAGUCACGCACUGGUGUGGAACGUUGGAAUUUUAGUGUGGGACAACAUGAGUUGAAUAUGAUAAAACCCGCUGAAUGCCAUGACCGACCUUUUAGCGAGAUGGAUAUGGCCAUGCUAGAUUUGGAUAUACGAGUGGUAGUGCCGGAAGGUAUCAUUUGUGCAUUUAGCAAGGCAAAUCCGAAUGAAAUGCUAUGGAAGUAUAAGUUUGACCAUCCUAUCGUUAGCGGUUGGAAAAUUGGCGUCGAGGAUGACUUAGAAAUGAUCGAUAUGUUUAGCUCAGCACAGUGGAUGUGGGACCAUGCAGAGAACAUGUUCGACCCACCUGUAAACUCCAUGAGCCCGUCGAUUUACCUCGGCAUGUAUGAUAAACAAUUGUAUAUACAGGAAUCCGUAAAUUUGCGUCGUGAAAUUGAUGACCAAUCUAACUUAUAUACCCAUUUAACGACGGAAUCUCCAAUGCCGAUAAUACCAUGGCGUCCUAUACCGGCUAGCAGUAAUUCCUUGGCAAUAUUAAAGAAUCAACGAAAAAUUACUGAUGGCAAAACGGUGGAAUCCUCAAAUUCAGUAACAACGCUGCCGAAUUCUCUCGAUACCGUAAAGGGUAAUGAAUUGGUGCCAUAUGAUGAGGAUACGUUUGCGGUAUCAGCUCAAUCCGUACUUAAUGCCUCCGAGUAUGUGAAUGGAAAUGGUUUUUAUUUAUAUACCCGUGAGGAUUUGGAAGACGAAGAAAGUGCACUUUGUGAAACCGAUAUCGCAGAAGAAGGUAUAGAAGAAGAUGGGGAAAGCAGUGGUGAUAUCGGUAAUUUGAGCAAGGACUUGAAUUAUACAAAUCAUUCAAUCAACGAUGAUUUGGGCUUUAACCUUGAUGAUAUUGAUGCACCUGUCAAAGUCGUGAUUUUAUCUUUGUGGUUUUGGUGGAAAGAGGUGGUUGUAAUUGCUUUGACUACGGCCGUGUUAGUGAAUUUAUUUCUUGGCCAACGCCAGCGGCAAGAAGUUCUAGUAAUUGAACGUCAUGUGCCAGUGCCAACGGCUUACGAGGCUACCGAGCAGUCUACAGUUGCGCUACUAGGACCCACAAACGUUGUAGUGAACACCAAUGGCAAUAGCAAUGUGCAUCGUUCGCUAUCAGAGUCUACCUCCUGCUCUGGUGAACAUUUCAGUUCUCGCUUUCAGAGUGAUUUUGACUUAGUACGCUGCUUGGGACGUGGUGGUUUUGGUGUUGUUUUUGAAGCAAAAAAUAAGUUAGACGAUUGCAAAUACGCUGUGAAACGUAUAACACUGCCUAAUAAGAAGGAGUCUCGCGAUCGUGUUAUGAGAGAGGUGAAGACCUUAGCCAAUUGUGAGCACCAGAAUAUCGUGCGUUAUUUUCAGGCUUGGGUUGAAACUCCACCGCCCGGUUGGCAAGAGGAAGAAGAUAAUAAGUGGUUGGCACAUGAGAUGUCUAUGUCCAUACAAAUAGAAACGCCAGAUGGCACAACACUGCCGUCCUUUGAGAAUGCUCCAGCCGUACAGAGUCCACCGAGACGCCAGCUGCAGGUUGAACGCAAGCGUCAAUUACUCUCUUGGAUGUCAAGUUUAAAUAACACCGAUUGUGGCUCCGAACUUGAACGUAAAGAUUGCAUUGACGAAGAUGAGGAUGAUGAUUCGUGUAUAGUCUUCCGUUCAGAGUCGCAAUCGCAAGCAUUGAAAGGGCAUUACGAAAAUGAAAGUGAAAGCGAGAAUGAAAGUGAUGGCUGUGAUAAGGAUAAAAAUAGAAACAUUAAGCAGAACAAGCAAGAAAAUGGCAAGAGAGUGCAUAACAAUUCCAUUUCCAUUGAUAUUCAUUCCAAUUCGUUUGAUUUGAUUCAACAAAAGAAUGGCCAGAAUAUUGAUUACACACAAUUGUCCGACUCAUUUCAAAUUGAAUUUGUACGUUCGGCAAAUGGCGAUCAAACUAACGACGACAGUGGUUGUGAUGGUCAAACGAACGGCGAUGUGUGGACUUCCAAAGACAUUGAACGUUCCUCGAAUGGCAAUAGAAUAAAAAAGGAUUCCAAAUCUAAAAAGCGUCCAGACUCACUAGAACUCGGCAAAUUUGCCUGCAAUAUUGAGAGCAGCGGUAAUAGCAAAGCUUUAUUGCCAACAACUGCACUGGUGCAGUCCUCAUCGAAACCACAACAAAACAAGGUUUAUUUGUACAUACAAAUGCAGUUGUGCCGCAAGGAGAGUUUACGUGACUGGUUGCGUGAUAAUCGCUGUGAAUCACGCCAAAGUCAUAUCGCCAGCAUUUUUCAUCAAAUCGUCGAUGCAGUCGAUUAUGUGCAUUUGAAGGGGCUCAUACAUCGUGAUCUCAAACCAAGCAAUAUUUUCUUCUCUCAAGAUGGCCAAAUUAAAAUUGGGGACUUUGGUCUAGUCACCGAUAUGUCCGACAUACCGAAUAUGAUAACAAAGUGUGGCGAUACAACGGGUUUGCCAUCAUGCGCACGUCACACACAGCAGGUUGGCACUCACCUGUAUAUGUCACCCGAGCAACUUCGCGGACAACAUUACGACUUCAAAGUUGAUAUUUACUCUCUAGGUUUGAUAUUCUUUGAGCUUUUGGUGUAUUUUGGCACUGAAAUGGAACGUAUAAAAACGUUACGAAGUCUUAGAGACGGUAGCUACCCAUUGCAGUUCCCAAAGGAAUUCCCUAAGGAGCAUGAACUACUGCAGCUGAUGUUGUCUAGGCAACCCACCGAGCGUCCAGCGACGACAGAGCUAAAGCAAAAACUACUCGAUAUACUGAAAUGGCCAGAUUUCAUAGUGGGUGACGGUAAUCCAUUGGCUAUGGUUGCAGAGGCUGCCCGUCGAUAUAGUCGAAGUCGUACAUUUAGUACUAGUGAUGUAUGAAAAUGCAUUACAUAUUUUAUGAGUGAUGUCUUAGAUGCAUACACGUACACGUAUACUAUGUCCUGAUUGUACGUAGGUUAAUGUAUUUAUAAGUAAUAUAAGCAAUAGUUGUGUAAUUCUAAUACAAAAAAUUAAAGAGUUCACUGAACAUAAAAUCAAACAUAAUGAAAUUGAAGCUUUAAAGCAAAUUUAAAAAAUAAUCGAGAAUGUAAUUGAAUCUAAAGAAAGACUUAGCAAUUUUUUAACGCAGAUAUUGGGAGACAAAUUUAAAUUGGUAAAUGAAAUUAAUAAUUUUUAUUUGCAAAUAAUUUUUAACUAAGAUAGUUUUAUAAACAUUCGUGUGCAUGUGUAAUUAUACAUGUACUUGUGCUAUAUUAUUAUGUAAUUAGAUAUCUUAAUUAUCAUAGCGAUGCGCCAUUAAAUUGUAUAUUUGUAAGUUUAAACGUUUAUCUGAAAGUGACCCCAGCAAUUUUUUUCCAUCGUUAAAUGCAUGCAUGCUUAAAAUGCUCAAGUAUUAUUAUUACUGCAAACACUCUAAAAGUUUUCACACGCGUACUGAAAAAGGACCUUGUUUGUUUAGGGAAUGUGGCCGUUAAUACUGAGCAUAUUAUAAAUUCAUUAUUCAGUCAAAUUAAUAUACAUUUGUAAGUUACCAAAACCAUUUUUUAUUUAAUUUUCUUUUUAGCCACAAUUUUAAAACGUUUUUGACUCAUAAUUGACGUGGUGAAAUUCAUUUUGAUUUAAGCAGAAAACUACAUAAAUACAUACAAACCUACCUAGCAAGGAUAAGAGCUUUGAAUAUCCUGUGUAUUUAAGAAAAGACGAUAAUAAAACCUAAGUAAAUAAAAUAAAAAUGAAAAAAUU